GGAAGUCACUUCGCUUCCGGCCUACUCUGGCGAUUCUUCACCAAAUAUUCUGUGCUGGGCAUACUUUAUACUCUCGAUCUAUAAAGUACAUCGAUAAACUGACCUCAGAGCAACGACAAUCCAAUCUCAACGAAAGUAACGGUCAUCCCGUGGAAACUUUGGACUUGGCCUUCUACCUCUGGUCAUCUAAAGUGUAUGGAUUUCCUGCUGUCUUUUUGACUUCAUUGCCGUUGUUGCCACAUGAGCAGGACAACAUGAGUCGAAAGAGGGACAAGCUGUUGGAUGGACUGGAACAGAGUUUAUACACUCUAACCAAGGACAACUUAUGUUACCUGUGCGUUCGUUGUGGAAUAGGCUCCAAGGAUAGGUUCAAAGGUAAAGAAAACAGUGAACGCACGCUGCGGCGUCAAAUCAUGGAGGAAAUCUGGGAAAAUGAGGAUUCAAAGUCUUGGUUACUCCAACUGAAAGAGGACAUCCGAGGUAUACAGGAGGAUGCUAGACAUGUAACCAUGAGCUCCAGUGCAUCGAGCAGCAUGUCCUCGAGUCCCAGCCAGUCUGAUGGUGAUGGGGACGCUGCAGACUGCCAUGAAGCUGGGAAGCCUCGACAGUUGGAAGUGACUCGGCGAACACACACUGGAGAGAAUCCUUACAGCUGUAAUCAGUGUGGGAAGACAUUCACUCAGUCAGGAAGCCUGGCAACUCAUCUGAGAACACACACUGGAGAGAAACCUCAUAGCUGUGAUGUAUGUGGGAAGACUUUUAACGUAGCCUUCAAUCUGAACCGACACCAGCGAACACACACUGGAGAGAAACCCUACAGCUGUGAGAAGUGUGGGAAGAGCUUUUCUCAGUUAGGACUACUGGCCAGCCACCGUCGUUCGCACACAGGAGAGAAACCGUAUGUCUGUGAUCAGUGUGGGCAGAGCUUUGUCAAUCCGGGAUCCCUGGCAAAGCACAAGCGAAAACUACAUGCAGGAGAGAAGCCUUAUAGCUGUGCGGAUUGUGGGAAGAGUUUCUUUGAAUCACAUACCCUGGCUAACCAUCGGCGGACACACACAGGAGAGAAGCCUUAUAACUGUGAUCUAUGUGGGAAAAGUUUCGCUCUGUCAGGAACCCUGAUUAAACAUAAGCUGACUCAUACAGGAGAGAAACCGUACUGUUGUGACCAGUGUGGGAAGAGCUUCCGUGAAUCAGGAAGGUUGAAAGUUCACCAGAGAAUGCACACUGGAGAGAAACCUUACGGCUGUGAUCAAUGUGGGAAGAAAUUUGGUCAUUCGCAACACCUGAAAGAACACCUGCGAACGCACACAGGAGAGAAGCCAUUUAGCUGUGAUCAGUGUGAGAGGAAAUUCACUCAACCACAACACCUGAAAUCACACAUGAGAACACACACUGGAGAGAAGCCGUUUGUCUGUGAUCAGUGUGAGAAGAGAUUCGCUCAUUCACAACAACUCAAAGCACACCUGCGAAUACACACUGGAGAGAAACCUCAUAUCUGCGAUCAGUGUGAGAAGAAAUUUGCUCAUUCACAACACCUGAAGGAUCACAUGCGUACACACACAGGAGAGAAGCCAUACAUCUGUGGAGAGUGUGGAAAGAGCUUUGCUAGAACAGGAACAUUGAAAGUGCACCAGAAAUCACACGCAGCAGGUGAAGUGUGUACAGAUCUGCCUCCCCAGCAGCAGUUCCAGAACCCUCAAAUAAAUCUGAACAGCCCAAAGUAACAGAACCCUCGAUUAAAAUCUGAACAGCCCAAAGUAACAGAACCCUCAAUAAACUCUGAACAGCACAGAGUUCCAGAUCCAUCUCCCUCCCCGGGAUCAGUUCCAGAACCCUCCAUAAACUCUGAAAAGUUCCGCUGCUGGACUCCUCUAGCACUAGGCAAUUAUGACACCUAUCUGUUUUAUAUAUAUGCGGUAAAGAGGUCAAUGGAACUCGACCAAAACAAUAGAAAUGCCAUGGACACAGGUGGGAGAAAGAUGCCAUGGGGGAAAGAUCCCGAAUCUCCUCAUGGUCCCCUCACUAUAUGUUGAGGUUAAAAUCAGAGUAUAAUGCUUGUAUGGAUGUCAACCCCCAACACAUGUUCAUGUCAUCAUCACCAAAUCAACUGCAUUAUAGUAACAAAAGGACUUUGACUGCCAUCAACGAUUUGUGUAUGCUACAAGCUCAUGAGAACAGGAGUUAGCAUUUAGCAGUUACAUCUUCUAAACAGGAAAAGGGACAACUUUAAAAAUGUUAUGCAGAGGAAACAGACAAAUAUAUCGAAACCGGACUUCAGUAACCACUUUGUGGGCCUGUUACAUUACAUAAAUCAUAUGACUGAUUUGACGAACAUAUCCACUUGGUUAGAUCAGUUGUGUUGAAUGUGAGCCAAUGACGACGUCACAGCGUCCUGCUUUCCAUUGACCUCUUUUCCCUCAUCUCUGCCUGAAUCCAGCUCUACAGAUUCUGAAUUCAGUUUUAAUAGAUUAAAUACUAACUUUUUAUUUUUUUCCCCCAAUAGAAAAUGUUUAAAAAAAAAUUGAGGUGUGGUCAGAAAUUGAAUAAAAUAGCCUCAUGUACUUUUAUCUGCUUUAAGAUGACUUAAGACACUGUGUACAGAAACAUUGGUUCAUUAAAAUCAUUGAGUUACAUGGA